CGAAUGUGCAGUGGAUAUCCGCUCGCGGAUGAAAUGUUUACGCGAUCCUCGAAGUUACUUGUGACAUGAAAAACUUUGACAACUGUCCAACAUAUUCUUUGUGUUUAUUUCUGUGAAUUGACUCUUUUUUAUUCGAGAUGGAUAAUAAAACACCGACGAACUCGUCUCCGCCGCGUGCGCAAGUCAAAAAAGAAAACGAAGAAGAGAUCAAGGAAUUCGCGGAGACGGCAAUGAACGAACUGCUGGGCUGGUACGGCUACGAGCGGCUGGAACUGAGGAGAUGGGCGGCUUCGCGAGCACGCGACACAAACAGCCCUGAACAGGCCGCGGAACAGAAGAACAAAGACGAGUGUUCGUGGUGCAACAAGAGUAUCGGCAGCGAAAGCGGCGCGUUACAACAUGCCGGCGCCGCAUUCUGCUCCGAACUGUGCUUCAGCCAGUCCCGACGAGCCAACUUCAAGCGUGCCAAGACUUGCGACUGGUGUCGGCAUGUGCGACACACUGUAGCCUACGUUGACUUCCAGGAUGGAGCCACACAACUGCAGUUCUGCUCAGACAAAUGUCUAAACCAAUAUAAGAUGCACAUCUUCUGUCGCGAGACCCAGGCGCACCUCGACCUCAACCCUCACCUCGUGAGCGCCGCCUCUUCCACCAACCUCAUCACACCGGAGCUCUGGCUCAAGAACUGCAAGAGCAGAUCUGUGUCUCCCACAUCCGAGAGAUCCGCCUCACCGAAUAUCGAGAACUUAAGUAUGAAAAUAACCGAAAAAGCGGAUCACAACUCUGCGAGAAAAUCUCCAAUGCCGAUAAUAACCGUCGCCCCGGCGGCGAAACUGAUGAAUCCGAAGACUACUGAAGAGAAAACGCAAAAAUCACCAGAGUUGAAAAAAGACAGAACUAAAAUGAACACACGCAAGCGUAGAACAUCCAAAUGCUCGGCUACCGUGACGUCACAGAACUUGCGACAGCAUAAUACGACACCAAAAGCUCAGGACUUGCGGCUUUGCAGUCCUUCGCUAGACGGCUCCUCGCCUAAUUCUACUAUCGGCACAGCCGGGAACAGCGUCAUUCACUCGCCUCCACAUCCUAUAAAUCAUUCAGCACCACCCCCCUUCAAUCCUAUAUUCGGAAUGCCUCCGGUUUUCGAGCCUCCUCCACAAAUAAACGAUCACAGAUACAUGUUCCAACCUAGGUUAGGAUUCAUGCCACGACCUGGUUUGAUGCCGGAACGACCUCCAAUCAUGCCUGUAAACUUCGCUCAACCUCUCGGUCAACCUCCGCCUGUCACAGUCUUAGUUCCUUAUCCAGUCAUAUUACCGAUACCACUCCCCAUUCCCAUUCCAAUUCCAUUAACGUCCUUCAUACAAGCGCAUUUGAGCAAAGUGAAAAAGGAAACUACAACAGAAGACUCAGAGGGUCCUCUAGAUUUCACAAUAAACGGUGAUAAAAGAAAAGCUUCCAACACAACAGAAGCUGAAAACAUCGAAAUCCAAGCAGCUAUCCAACAGACGUUACAACCAAUUGUUGAAGAAAACGAGAGAACGGAUGAAAAAAACGAUACUAACGAAUGUAAGAAUCCAGAACAAACUUUGCCCAAGUUUAAAAUAACUAGGCUAAGUAAUAAGAUGGCGAAAAUCGUCUCCAAAACAAGAGAACCUGCAGAAUCUACGAGACCUUUGCGGAAACGACGAAGACUAGUAGAAGUUGCUACAGAAGACGAUUCAAUCAUUCCUAAAAGUAGGAAAACUGUUGAAGUCUAAGAAAAAUUUUAAAUAUCAGUUAGGUUUAAGCUUUUUUAAAUACAUAUCACAAUUGCAUGAUAGGAACUGAGUUCAGUGUACUUUCAAACAGCUAGUCUUAGGUUUAAGAUUUAUCAAUUCUUCAUAUACUUAG